CCGCGUGUCUACUGACCCUGCCGUACGGCAUAUUAAUGGGGGUCCAGGAGUACCCGGAGGUGCCGAUCACCUACUGUGAAGAGGAGUGGACUCACGACGAGUCCCGCAAGGCUUUCGGCAUUUCCACGUGUGUCCUCCAGUUUAUCAUUCCGUUUGUUAUCAUAACCUUCUGUUAUGUGAGAGUUUGUGGCAAACUCUGGGACAGAGCCCGAGCCCGACCCGGGUCUGUGUCCAUGCGCAGGGAGGAGAUGGAGAGGGAGAGGACCAGGAAGACCAACGGAAUGCUCAUCUCAAUGGUAGUCAUAUUUGUCAUCUCAUGGCUGCCAAUCAACUGUUAUAAUCUGGUUCGGGACUUUUACACCCCGGCGUCGUACUGGCGCUAUUCGCAUGCAUUCUUCGUGUUGGCGCACGCGGUGUCCAUGUCUUCGACCUGUUAUAACCCAUUCCUCUACGCCUGGCUUAACGAGAAUUUCCGCAAAGAAUUCAAACAAGUGUUGCCCUGUUUUAGGGCUAACUGUUCCACUGUGGCGGCUAUGGAGCUCCGGCACCGGGUCAUCAGGACUCAGUGCAACGGCACGGAAUUGGCUGAUAAUAAGACCAAUAAUACCAAUGUAUUGAACGCCAUAUGUGUGGCCAAUGAUCUCAAUAACACAACCGAGCCUUUAAUCACCCAUAAGACAGAUGUCGACCAAAAUGACGAGAAAAUCAAUGGGAAUGCCGUCGAAGAGGACGUACAAUAAUUUUGACCACUUAUAACUUAAACAUAAAACCAAAACUUUUUUGUCUAAUGACUAUCGGAUUUAUUCGUACGUUUUCAUUGGGAAUUUGUUCACAAAAUAUUAUUUAUUCAUAAAAACAAAACUAUAUUUAAA